AUGCAGUUCGGUCCGCAGCAAGCAGUCAUGGUCGGAUCCAUAGAGGCUGCGCGUGAUCUUCUGGACAAGCGCAACUCAGUCUAUAGCUCCCGUCCUCGGGCACCCAUGAUACAGGAGUGCAUCUCGAGAAAUUUUCGCAUCCUGUUCCUGCCGUAUGGUGCCCAAUGGCGAGCCUAUCACAAGCUGCACGCAUCAGUACUCAACGUGCGCGUAUCGGAUGCCUACCGGCCUCUGCAUGAUUUGGAGAGUAGACAGUUGCUGCUGGACCUGUCCGGAGCGGAUGCUGGCGAGCGCUUUUCAUUUCAUUUUUUCCGCUACUCCGCGAGUCUUAUUUACAGCCUUGCCUAUGGAAUCAGGCUCCCGAAGGGGCAUGAGCCGGAACUCAAAGUCGCACAUCAAGUCAUGGAGGAGCUAAACCAGGUUUUUCUGUGCACCUGGGUGGUCGACAUCCUGCCUUGGGUCAACGUGCUCCCCCGGGCAUUGGCACCGUGGAAGCGAACUGCUGAUAGGAUGCACGACUUCGAGUCCUCGUUCCUAAGGGGCCUUGUGGCAUCGGCGGAGCACAAGCCUGGCUGGAACUGGUCCAAGAACAUGCUCGCAAUGAAAGAGAGUAGAAAUAUGUCACGAACAGAGCUUGGAUACAUCUUGGGAGUCCUGUAUGAAGCCGGUAGCGACACAACGGCGAUAGCACUUUCGGCCUUUGUAAUGGCCAUGAUCUUGUAUCCAAAUGUCGCAAUCAAGGCGCAGAAGGAGCUAGAGAGUGUGGUUGGUCCCGACCGUAUGCCAACAUUUAGGGAUUUGGAUGAACUCCCAUAUAUCCACGCCAUUGUCAAGGAAACUCUUCGGUGGCGUCCAGUCAUCCCCGGGGGGAUCCCCCAUGCCGUGACAGAGGAUGAUGAAUACAUGGGCUAUCGCAUCCCCAAGGGAUCGAUGAUUAUCCCCAAUCUCUGGGCCAUGGCCAUGGAUGAGCGAAUGUUCAAACAGGCAGAGCAUUUUGUCCCCGAGCGUUGGAUUGAGAAUCCUAGCCUACCAAUGUUCCCCUUCGGCUUCGGACGGAGAGUGUGCCCUGGACAGCAUGUGGGCAAAAAUUCGCUGCUGAUCAACACUGCACGAAUGCUGUGGGCAUACGACUUCGCACAUGCGUACGAAGUGAAAGACGGGGUGCCGCUGCAGUGCCCGAUCGACGCCAUGGCGUUCACUAACACUUUUAACUCUCAACCCCUCCCUUUCAAGGCUUCUAUCAUUCCUCGAUCUGACAAGGUCUGCGAGGUCAUGCAACGUGAAUGGGACUUGACAGAGAAGGAUCAUCUCGUCCACUUGGAGCAUCUCAGGACAAAAAUGGAGAGCAUGGCAAGACACAAUGCCGAAGGUGUGGCGAUCUGA